AAAGACACGUGGUUGUUACAAACCUCUCUCAGGACACAGCGGGGAGGCGGAGGUGGAGAGAUGCGGGCGCAGUCGGGAUGGGAGAGGACGCGUUGAGGAGAGAGCUGCUCUCUAACCAUGGAAAUUCUGCUGCUGAGCAGCCCGCACAUUUUAGGAAUAAGGACUUAAACGACUUUGCAUAUUGUCUUCUCUCUGUCUCUCUCUUUCGCCAAAGAAGAAGAGACUUGCGUGCAGGAUGUGGAAGAUCGCAGGUGAGGAGAGAAGAAAAAUGUCAUUUGCUGUAGAUUUCUGUAGUGAAAUAUGCGCCCAAGUCCUAGUGGGAUAUUUCUACAGAUUAUUUCCUAACGUUUUCAUUUUUUAAAAGUCCUACAUUGACUAAAAGAAAAGGCACAGAAUGGAUUUCUUUAAUAGCUCCAGCCUGGAGGACAGGACAGAGACAGAAAAUAUUUCCUCUAAUUCCACCUCUCAGAGCCAGUACUCCCAGCUCGCUAUCUGGGCUCUGGCCGGACUUGUCAGCUUUCUGAUUUUGUUUACAAUAGUCGGGAACGUCUUGGUCGUUAUCGCCGUUUUAACGAGCAGAGCCCUGAAACCACCCCAGAACCUUUUUCUCGUCUCCCUGGCUAGUGCGGACAUACUGGUGGCCACCCUGGUCAUGCCCUUUUCUCUGGCAAAUGAACUCAUGGGCUACUGGUUUUUUGGCAAAAUUUGGUGUGACAUCUACCUGGCUUUGGACGUCUUGUUCUGCACCUCUUCUAUUGUUCAUCUGUGCGCUAUUAGUUUGGACAGGUACUGGUCAGUGACACAGGCAGUAGAGUAUAACUUAAAGAGAACGCCUAAAAGAGUUAAAGGGAUGAUUGUGGUGGUGUGGUUGAUCUCAGCUGUCAUCUCUUUCCCACCGCUGAUAUCAAUGGACAGGAGCAGCAAUGAGGCCAGUCCCCAGUGUAUCCUGAAUGAUGAGACCUGGUACAUCCUCUACUCCAGUAUUGGUUCAUUCUUUGCCCCCUGUGUCAUUAUGAUUCUGGUUUAUAUUCGAAUCUACCAAGUGGCAAAGACCAGGACCAGAACAAUGUCAGAGAAAAAGAGGGAUGUGGACUCGCCACUGGAGAAUGGGAUGGACCAAGCUGAACCAGGCAGAGGAGAGUCAUUAAAGUCCAACAGGAGCGGAAGCAUGAAAGAGCAGGACCGUGAGAAUGGGCACUGCCAAGAGCAGGCUGCUCGAUCCCCUCUCCCAAACGAGCCAAAACAUCCUGCGACAGACCAUGAUGACGACUUUGACGACAGCAGCUCGUCAGAUGAGAAACCGAAAAAAAAUUCCAGUUCCUCCAAACAUCACCACGAUGACAGAAAAGACAGGAAGUCCAGCCGAAAAAGCAGCUCCGCCUCUAAAUACUCCAGCAGGAAGUCCCGCGCCAGUUCUAAGUCUAUGGAGCUGUUCUCAUCUCGCCGCAAACGUAGGAGCACCGUCAAUCGCAAGAAAGUUUCUGCGGCUCGGGAGAAGCGUUUCACCUUCGUCCUGGCCGUCGUCAUGGGUGUUUUCGUCUUGUGCUGGUUCCCAUUUUUCUUCUCCUACAGCUUGUAUGGAAUCUGCAGAGAGCCAUGCAAGAUCCCAGAGACACUGUUUAAGUUCUUUUUCUGGAUUGGCUACUGCAACAGCUCUCUGAACCCGGUCAUCUACACCAUCUUCAACCAGGACUUCCGCAGAGCCUUCCAGAAGAUCCUCUGUAAGUCAUGGAAACGUUCUUUCUGAAUGCUUCCUGCAUGGAUGAGGUUGUAAUAGACAUUUUACCCCACAGACACAAAUUUAAAGUGUUCUGAGCUGUGGGAUAAAGUGCUUGCUGGGGGGGGGGCUUUCACACCUUUACUUUCAGGGAUUGCACUAGAAAUGAAGGGAUGCUUAAUGGAUCAAAGGAUUGAACUAAGGUGCUGAAGAGGGGUUUAAAAGACAAGGCUAAGCUCAUUGCCAUCCAGACUGCUUUUGGACUCAGAUGUGGGCUUCGACUCAUCCCCCCUCCUCUUCAUUGACGUCUUUGGCCUUCAUUUAAAUACAACACUGACUUGUAACAGUUACUGGGAUGCAUGCACACCACAGUGGCUAAACUUGCAUGAGCUGCACAGGACGCAAAGGGUUUACAGAGACACUCGAUUUAUAAAACAACCUCAUUCACUGAAUAUAAUGCGAAGGCCUUGACAAUCUCCACACAACCGUUGUUUGUGACGUUAGACAGUGUUACCUACCUUCACUCUCUGUCUCUUACUCUGUUUUUCUCUGCCUUUCUAUUAUGUCACAAUCUCAACACGAGGACCAAUGGGACGAAGGGGCUCCUUGCUUACUGUUUCAGUAGCAAAACCGUUUCAUUAAAAAAAAAAAAAAUCUAAAAAAGACUCACUAUUAUAAAAUACAAAGUCACAUUUUUGCUUCAGUGCUCUGUACUCGGAAGUAUCCAAGCUGGGAUCUGCAGUGGAAACUUUUU